GAAGUCUGCCUUUGGAUUUGGGGGAGUUUUCACCAUUAUAUGCUGUACAGCUUCACUGCUGCAGAACAAAGGGACUUUAUGGAAAAAAAAGUCACAGAAAUGGAUGUGGAACGUGGCUUCUAUCAGCUGGUGGAGGUCCAGGACCACGUUCACUACAUCAUUGCAUUCGUUGUUUCUGUGAUCGGAGCAGUGGGUGUUACUGGGAACGCCCUGGUCAUGUAUGCCUUUUACUGUAACAAGAAGCUACGGACACCCCCCAACUUCUUCAUCAUGAACCUGGCAGUCAGUGACUUCCUCAUGGCAAUUACACAGUCACCCAUUUUCUUUGUUAACUCCCUUUACAAGGGUUGGAUUUUUGGUGAAACAGACCUGGAAUUUGAGGACUUGGAGCAGUGUAACUGA